UAGAAUUCAUGGAACAUCAUGAUCAAGGUUAGGGAAGUGCAGUAAUCGAUUUGUGCACAGAGACCAGUCGGGGGCGAUCAUCAUGACGCGGCAGGCCAUGUCGACGCUGGCAGGCGUGGCGAUAGCGACCGUCGCCGGUGGGUACUUACUGUAUCGGGCUGUGCGGCGUCAACACCACACCAGGACCCAUGUGCUGGAGGCCAUGGCGCAUCAAGUUGGCGGUCAUUCCUGCGAUAAAACUAGUUUGAAAGUGUACCAGGGCCGGGUGCUAAAGCCAUUCCAGAACAAGAACAGAGGGGAAACCGAGCUGGCCUUCUACGAGCGCCUCGCUUCAUCCUCGCCUCGUAUCCCGUACUUCCCGUCCUUCCACGGUGUCAUCGAGCUGCCAUCUUCGUCCUCAGACCUCCGUCGGUACUUGCAGCUCGAAAACUUGGUUGGCGGCAUGACCCAUCCAUGCAUCAUGGACAUCAAAAUCGGCACACAGUCGUACGAACCAUCGGCCUCCCCCGACAAGAUCGCCUUGGAAGCGGCGAAGUGUCCGUUGCAAGCGACCCUGGGGUUCCGCCUCCAGGGCAUCAAAGUGUUUUGGGACGCGACGCAGCGCUACCAUGAAUAUGACAAGCAUUACUUUCGAGCAUUGGACACGAUAGAGGCCAUCGAAGAGAGUCUGUUGCGGUUCUUUGAAGGUGGCGAAAGGCCAUCUAUUCCCAACCAAAGCCAACAGCCGCCAAGACGUACUGGGAGUCGAAGUCCCCACGUAGCAGCCCGCGCCGACCGCGUGCAUCACUUUCUUGUCAAGUUGGACGCCAUCCGAGCGUGGAUAGCUGUCCAGACCGAGUUCCAUUUCAUCGCCAGCUCGCUUUUGUUUGUGUACGACGCCAGCAACGCCGGCGCCGUGGACGUCCGCCUCAUCGACUUUGCGCAUGUGCAGUUUGACCAAUCGACCGUGGACGUUGGUGUGCUCACAGGCAUCGACGCCGUGAUCGCCAUGUUCCGUCGGCUAUUGGAGUCCAUCGAACUGCCGGCUAGCCUGCGCGAUGCCAUGCCUGUCGACGGGGAAUCCCCAACUAACUAGAUACUGUAGUACUAGUGACGCGAUCUAUGGAGAAGGAGAUACAUUAUUGUGCUACUCUUGCAAGACUUGAGUGCAAAGAUAAACUACCGAACACAUUGAGCACGCGUUCGUUGUUGGCACUGCCGUGGUGGCUUUCUAUUAUACUUAGGAGGAAUA